GCGGCAAGCAGCCAACCAGUCGCAGCCGAGCCGCCGUGCCGCGCGGUCGUCGUCGACAAGAGCCCCAGGCAGCACGCGCGUCCGCGACCGGCCCCUCCGGGGGAAGUACCUUGCUCACCGCCGGCGAGUGGGUAUCAGCCAGUGUGCCGGAAUAGACCAGUGCAAGUGUGACUCUUGUGUUCGGCUUCGGCUCUCCCUGACGGCGUCCUGGUCGUUGUCGUCCUCUGCCCGACGCUCUCGACGUACUCGUCGUUCUCGCCACUCCGUGCCGCCAGACGGGCGUCCUCGGCCAGCGUCUGCCCGGCCGGCGCCAUGGCAUCCGCCUUGCUGUCGACCAUCAUGGAGGUGGAGAGCUGGCUGCUGUACUCCUGGGUAGCCCCCGAGUGUUCCUUUUAGAUUAGCCUGUGAGUCCCUCGCCACCGUCAGCUGGAACCCCCAGGCGUUGAACACGGACCGUACACGCGUUUCUUUCAGAUUAGUUGGGCAGCCUACAGUCCAGUCAUGGCGGAGGGCGGCGGCUUCCGGGCGCGCGACAUCGGGCUGCGCGCGCAGAAGAAGAUCCUGAGCCGCAUGGCGUCCAAGAACGUCGCCAGGGUCUUCAUCGACGACACCACGUCCAGCCUGCUGGACAACCUGUACCGCCUCGCCAAGAGCUAUUCCAACAACAAGAAGGAGGCCGAGAAGGUGGUCAAGAACAUCAUCAAGGUGGUCAUCAAGCUGGGCGUGCUGUACCGCAACGGCCAGUUCGGCCCCGAGGAGAUGAAGCUCGCAGAGAGAUUCAAGAGUCGCUUCCACGCCGCGGCCAUGGCGACCGUCAGCUUCCACGAGGUGGAGUUCAGCUACGACGUGCACUACCUGCUGGCCGCGCUGCACGACUCGCGCGCCGUGCUGCAGCAGCUCGUGUCCAGCCACCUCACGGACAAGAGCCUCACCAGGAUCGACCACGUCUUCGGCUUCUUCGCCAACCAGCAGUUCCUGGACGCCGUGUUCCGCCGCGACAGCGUGCACCGGGAGCACCUGUCCAGGCUGGUGCACGACAUGAACAAGGCCAUGGAGGAGGGCAGCAUGUGAGCGCUCAGCGCGGCGGCGGCGUGGGGUAUCGACGCCCCGCGCUGCGAGUAGCGCCGCCGCGCGGGGUAUCUGCAGGCUGCAGGACAAGCAGCGUCGUUCCAAAGAGUUUCAUUCGUGGCGCCUUCAUUCAGGGCACACUUUUAUUGUACGUAUCGUUUAGCCUGUAAAAAAAAAA